CUCCCAAUCUUCCUGGCCGUACUCCUCACACGGGUAGGGUUUAGUGUGUGUGUGAGGACUGAUGAGAGGUGUACAGCUGUGAUUACUGUACCGGUUUGUGCAUGUUUGUUAAAGGUAUAAUCCGCUUGUAGCACCUUGUCCUGUCCGGGCGGAUCACAGCACCGGAGUGUCGCGCAGGACGGACGUGCGCAGGCUCGCGCGCGCUCGCUACGGUCACAGACGCGAGGCGUUUCACCCCGGAGAGACGCGAUCGCAGUUAAUCAUCUCGAGCAUGGAGUCCAGGCUUCCUGAAACCCGCCGAUGAGGUCGUCAUCCCGAAGAGCUUCUUCUGCACAGUUUGUGAUACGAUGACAUGACGACGCUGACUUCCUGUGAGCCGUGGAAGCGGCGCGCGAGCGCGUACUGGAGCGUUGCAGAACGAAACGGCAGCGCCGAGCCGAACGCUCUCAGAUAGUGCACCUGUUCGUCCUCGUCCUCACCCUCGUCCACCUGCUGCCAGAAUGGCGUCUGUACAGCCACGGGGCUUCACUGGUUCCCUCAUCAUCCUCUUCAUCAUCAGCAGCAGCAGCAGCAGCGGGCACACUCACGCCAUCCCUCGUGUCACCUUUCCUCUCGAGAGCCCUGGUCGGCCUUUUACGCUCUUCACUCUUCCUGAUGUUUAUAACACCACCACUCUCCUGCUGAGCGACGAUGAGGAGAUGCUGUACGUGGGAGCGAGAGACGCCGUUCUCUCCCUCAAUAUCAGCGACGCAGUCAGCCUGCAGCUCAGCAUCAAGAUCGACUGGUCGCCCACGGAGACCGAUCUGCGUGACUGCCUCUUGAAGGUCUCGAGUGAGACGGACUGUCCCAACUUCGUGAGAGUGCUGCAGGUCCUGAACUCCACGCACAUGUUCGCGUGUGGAACGUUUGCCUUCAGUCCUCGCUGCAGCUACAUCAGCUCUGAGCAGUUCUUUCUGGCUGCGAGACCCGAGGAGGGCCGAGGCCGCUGCCCUUACAACCCCUACCACAAAAACACGGCCAUUACUGUGGGUGGAGAACUUUACACCGCCACGGUGGCAGACUUCAAAGGGAAUCGUCCCGUCAUCUCUCGUCACCUGAGUGAAGGAGACCGUGUGGAUAUGAAGCUGGAUGAUACCGCAGGCUGGCUAGAAGAGCCCACCUUCAUCAGCUCCGCCCACAUCCCGAGCGAGGGGAAGGUGUAUUUCUUCUUCAGCGAGUUAGGUCGAGAGUACGACUUCAUCGACAAGUUCACCGUGUCUCGAGUCGCUCAGGUUUGCACGAGCGAUGUAGGGGGACAGCGGACUCUGCAGCGACGAUGGACCACCUUCACUAAAGCUCAGCUUCUGUGUCAGGCCAGAGGAGAACUGCCCUACAACGUCCUGCAGGACAUCACCACGCUGCGGCCACCAGAGGGCGCCAGUGCGGACGACACGCUCUUCUACGGCAUCUUCAGCUCCCAGUGGUCCGUGAACUCCGGCCGCUCGGCGGUGUGCGUGUUCAGCCUCCGAGACGUUAAAGCCGUGUUUGCCGGAAACUACAAAGUGCUGAACAGGGACACGCUGAAAUGGAGCACGCGCAUGCAGGAGAAGAUCGCUAAUCCCGGAGAGUGUGGUCUGCAUAACGCCUCAGAUAACGUGCUCCGCUUCGUCAAGGAGAACUUCCUGGCUGAUAAGAGCGUGUCUCCAGCCAAUCAAGAGCUGACAUUAGUGUCACCUGACCGGCGCUACAGCAACAUCGCGGCUCAGAGAGUGAAGGGAGCUCAUGGGAAAGAAUACACCGUCCUGUACCUGCUCACAGAAAGCGGCUACCUGCACAAAACCGUGCUGUUGGAGGGCGGAGCUCACAUCAUCGAGGAGAUCCAGGUGUUGAGGCAGCCUCAGCGAGUCAGGAACCUCCUGCUGUCCGUCUCAAAGGGCGCAUUGUUCGUGGGUUCCUCAGAAGGAGUCGCGUCCGUUCCCGUCUCCAACUGCUCACACUACUGGAGCUGUGCGGAGUGUGUGUUAGCCAGAGAUCCUUUCUGUGCCUGGGACUCAACACGGCGAGUGUGCGCUCGCGUCUCGUCCGUCACAAACCAGCCCGUUCAGGAUGUAGAUGGAGGAAACGUGUUGAAAGUGUGUACCUCCACCGUGUUGGUUCCCAGAGGACGGACCAUCAUCCCCAGUACUCCAACCAGUGUGCCGGUCUCGGUGCUUCUACAAGAGGUGGUGCAUCUUCGGUGCAUGCCUUCGUCGCAGCUGGCCGAGCUGCACUGGGUGCGCCCUGGAAGCGAGCUCUCGCCAAGCAUCUACAUCCAGGGAGAUCGUGGCAACCUCAGCUUCCUGGCCACGCCCACAACGCUGGGCACCUACGAGUGUCAGGCCGUUGAGAACGGCUUCACGCAGACGCUCGUCGUGUACGAAGUCAGACAGACGGAUAACCCCGCCCUUCCUCCUUCCUCCACUUCCCCCGGCGCCGAGACCGGAAGAGAAGCCACGACUCGGCCGACGAUCGUCGCGACGCCCGACGCCGAACCCACGGCGGCGAUGACGCAGAAGCCGAGUCCGAGCUCGACCGUGAACACGCUCGUCCCGAGCUCGUCUCACACCCCCGCUGACGGCUUGACCAACAUGCAGCGGGAGACCAGGCCGAGCUACCUGAAGGAGCUGGUGGCUGUCUCGGUGCUGUUAGCCGUGAGUGUUUGUGCGUGCUUAUCGAUGGCGGCGUACAUCUGGAGGAAGAGCUAUCGCAGCAGGACGGCGCCGCAUCUGCCCUCAUCACGCAGAGAUACAGGCGCUACAGAGGGAGGUACAGACCAGGAGACGGAGGCGCUGAGAGGUAGUUCACCUCAACUGGCGAAACACAACGGGCAGACGUCUCCGAACACACCGAGCAACGGCGUCUCAAACGGCUCCAGCGGCCACCUACCCAACAUUCCCAUCUGAGCGCCAGACGCAACACUUUCUUUUUUUUUUCCCGCUUUUUACUGAACUAAUCAGUGCUUGUGGGUGUUUAUCCACACUAUAGCCCUUUAUGUCACCUGCUUCUGAGCCAGUACCGCGCCGGUACCGAGCCGGUACCGAGCCGGUACCGCCUGCUUCCGUCAUGUUUAUUACCCGCGUAAUGAUUCUUUCAGCUCACCAGCUAAGCGUUGUUCGGACUAGAGUGACGUCGGGGACGCAUGGGUUAGUUGUUAGCACGUUUGAGGUCCGGGUCUGCACGUUCUCCCCCUGGUACUCCGGUUUCCUCCCCCGGUCCCAAGACUUGCGCUGUAUACCGAUUGGCGUUUCCAAAUUGUCCGUAGCGUGCGAAUGUGUGUGAACGUGCCCUGCGACGGGUCGCUACCCCGUCCAGAGUGUCCCCCGCCGUGUUCCCCGAGCCCCCUGGGAUAGACCCCAGGCUCCCCGCGCCCCCCGUAUCGGAUCAGCGCUACGGAAAACGGACGGACGCAUUUCGUCCGAGGAACAAAAGGAAACGCGAGCUCCAAAGCGAACGAUCCGUCAUUCCACAGAAAAGCGCUCUAAGGUCAAGAGUUCGAAUCCCGACGACGCCACGGCCGCCCGUGGUCCACGUCCCGUACUAACACGUUAACGUUUCUAUAGUGACGACUGACACAAAGCCUCGUACGGCAGACGCUCCACAUAAUCUAAUCCUAACACACUGUUUGUUUAUUUUAGGGGGGGCGGGGUUUGUUUUUCAGAAUGUCGUUAUCUAAUGUCGAACGCGGGUAAACGUUACUCCGUCAGGAGACGUGUAUUUAACUUUUAUGAAAGAAAUGUUCGCGCUGUAAGCUCUUUUUUUUUGGUCACUUUGAGUUUUCCGGCGUGAGGAAAGUCUUCAGACGGAUGAGACGCGCGAGAGGAGAUGGGCUGGCGAGGGAUCGAAGGUUUAUAGCUGCUAUAACGUAAGAGAUAACGGGAGCCGACUUGUUUUGCGGACGUUCCACGACGUUAAACGGAUAAAAAGCGUUGAGCCGAAUCGCAGCACGUAGUAGUCGGUUAUUUUCCUGUAACUGCACAUCCUGUGGUGUUGAUUCCUGUUUGUUUUUUGUUGUUGUUGUCGUUUUGUUUUUUUCUUAUCGGUUGUAUUCGGAAAAGGUUACGAACUUUGGCUUUUGCUCGGAGCAAACUGUUUGUUUCGAGUGUUUUAACGGCGGAUUUUUGGUACUCUGCUAGUUCCUGCUCUUUUCUGCGCCUUUAGGGAAUCAAAUGCACAAGCAGUAGUCCUCUAAAAACAUACACGUGCAUAUAAAACUCGCACGGACGCGGCGAGAUGCGGUUUCCAGCCCGGUCGCACCGGAUGAGCGAGCAGGCGAGAGGAGAGGAAGUGUUUAAGGGAGUUAAUCGUUGGGGGUUUCAAAGCAGACUCGGUACUUCGAGUAUUUCGCCAAAACGAUCCGCAUUUGAAUAGAAACGAUCCCGUUUCAGCGACUGCCUCGCUGAUUAACGCCGGACUCGUGCGUACGGAACCGCGCUCGCUUUCUACGGUCACGUUAGCCAGCUGAAAAGGGCGGCCACGUGGGACGUACCGAAGACGAGGUCUGAACUAUUACGCACACACUGCCACGACUCGUAAGGAGCCGCACUUUCUCCUGGGAAUGUUUCUCUGCCCUGUGCAGAUGUUGCACGAAGCUCGAGCGAACGCUUUAGCGCAAAACAUGUUUGUUUUUGUUUUUUUUUUGCAAAGACGAGACAAUCGGUACGUUUACGCGGACAGCGAUAUUCCGAUAUGAACCCGAUUGAGACGAUACUCUGAUAAGAAACGAGCACGUAAACAGAUUACUGAUGACCUUAAUCUGAUUAAAGUCACACUCGGAGUAAACACAGACGGAAUUAAGACGUGUGGAGUAUUCCUGUUUUAGUCGCGUUAUCGGCGUGCGUUACAGACGUGUACACGCCUUAAUCACACUAUUAACCUCGUGUGAGAGAUUUCACCGCAUCGUGAGACAGGACACGAUCACACACGGCAGCGCUCGACCGUCUGACGGCAAUCGAGAGAGCACGGCCGCGUCCCAAACCGCGUACUUACCUGCUACAGUAUAUAGUAGGAGAAAUACACGUGUCUCUAUAUACUAUAUAGACGGCAAGUACGCGGUUUGGGACGCGGCCCACGGCUUCAAGCAGUCGUCUAUCAGCACGUACAGCACGACUAAUAAUUAACCGCACUUGAAGCUUUCACAACAUUAAACACGAAACACCCAAACUGUAUACGGUCCCAUAACGAAGACCGACUGUACGUCGAUACGUGAAAUUCUGGAGGGAACGUCGGACGGCGUGGUGACGUAAUGACGUGUGACGUUACAUCCAUCUACGUUCUAUAACACGUGAAACCUGAACAUGAAAGGAGUAUUCUAAAAGCCACUCAUGCGUCUUACUCAGAAUAAGGUCAGUGAUCAGAUCACCGCCGUCCGUGUGGACGUGGUCAGCGUGAAUAUUUCUCAAGGUAACGCUUCUUUAGCUCGUGAAACUCCCGGAAUCGUCGAGCGUGUCCGACUUUCAGCGUCACUGCCAGGAAUCGCCACUUCCGAGCGGAGUCGGAAAAUCCGAUCUGUAGUUACUGCAGUAUUAUUAUUAUUAUUAUUAUUAUUAUUAUUAUGAUGAUUAUUAUGAUUAUUAUUAGUUUCUUUCUUCUGUAUUUUUUCCACUAAGUUGAUGGGAAGCCUGUAGCGUAUAGACACCGGGCUUUAUUCGGGAUGUGAAGUGAGCGCAGGUUCCUGUGCUGGAUUUAGAUUUCGCAGUGUUCUUUUUAAAAGGUUAUAUUUUUUAAAUCAGUGUGACUAGCGUCUCUCUCUCUGACCCAUUCAGCGACGCAGCAGUUUUUACUAUUGUGACGAGUCCUUUUGUAAUCAUCUCUUUGAUGUUUGUGUUAAACAGCUGGUGGAUAAGUCUCCUGCUGCUGUCGGCACGCCGGUAGCAGACGUGAGCGUUGUGCGCGGUGGAGAGCGUGAUUAGUGGUCUAUCUACGUGGACUUUAAGUUCAUCCGCACCUUUUCGUUUUGAAUUCUUGAGCUGUAAACGAGUCUGUACAGGAGCCGGUUCUGGACCGGGAGCGUUCCUCCGUGUGAGGGAGGGCGAACGUGUUUAAAAUAAAGGUACCGUUGAAUGUGUUUAUCGCUCACCCAGCUCGUUCUCGUUAAACAGAACGCUGACACGGUCCUUUCUGUCCUGGGUUAUGACGGUGUCGCGUUAUUUUACUGCUAAAGGGUGUGUACCUUUGAGCUCUUCUUAUUGUGCAGCAUGUCACAUGAUCACUGCUACAGAUUUGUGUUUCAACAUGAUGAUGAUGAUGAUGAUGAUGAUGAUGAUGAUGAUGCCUUCAUAUUUGUCCACUGUGAGGAACGCUGGAGGACAAACUGCCGUUGUGAACGAGACAGACGUUAUCUCCGGAGCACCAGCACUGCCCUGACACGCCGUGUGUCUCCCUGUGCAGCGUGGGAUACGACAUGUCCGUGGUGACUGUGAUUUAUUAUUGUGGUAUAUUUUCUAAUCGAGUAUCGGCACAUGUUUCUGUUAGUCCCAGUUUAAACAUUAUUACUGACUGGAUCCGAACACCUGGACUGUGAUCUGCCAGACUGGAGGCAUUUUAAUCACACACACACACACACACACACACACACACACACACACACACACACACACACACACAAUCUCUCUCACUCACUCUGUCUCUCUCUCACACACACACACACACACACAAUCUCUCUCACUCACUCUGUCUCUCUCUCACACACACUCACACACACACACACACUCUCACACACACACACACACACAAUCUCACUCACUCUCCCUGUCUCUCUCUCUUACACACACACACUCACACACACACACUCUCACUCACUCUCCCUGUCUCUCUCUCUUACACACACACACACACACACACACACACACACACACACACACACACACACACACACACAAUCUCUCUCACUCACUCUGUCUCUCUCUCACACACACACACACACACACACACACACACACACACACACAAUCUCUCUCACUCACUCUGUCUCUCUCUCACACACACUCACACACACACACUCUCUCUCACACACACACACACACACACACACACACACACUCACACACACACACACACAAUCUCACUCACUCUCCCUGUCUCUCUCUCUUACACACACACACUCACACACACACACUCUCACUCACUCUCCCUGUCUCUCUCUCUUACACACACACACACACACACACACACACACACUCCCACUCACUCUCCCUGUCUCUCUCUCAAUCUCACACACACACACACACACACUCUCACUCUCCCUGUCUCUCUCUCUUACACACACACUCUGUUUCUGUCUCUCUCUCUCUCAUACACAAACACACACACACACUCCGUGUUGUUGGACUUUUUUUUUUGUCGGUUGGGGUCACCACUGUUUAAAAGAUUACUGAUUAUAUUUUUAUACAAAUAUCUGUCAUGUAAAAAUAUAUUUUAAAUAAAUGCUUAAAAAUUA